ACAAACACUUUAAAAAGAAGUGAACGUUAAACCCCCUGAAACAAAGUAAAAGGUAUCUAAGGAGUGAGUUGAGAAGUAGAGUGGUACUGGUAUAUACUACUAAUAGCAUUACUAGUACAGUGUAUAGUACUUUUGGUGUCUUUUUGUAAUUGUAGCGGUUAAGGUGGAGAAUAGCCAAAACGGGUUUGCCAGUGUGGAUGUUGGGGUUGGGUGCGGAUCGGUUGCGGGCCGACAUGAGUCGUUUGCUCGCACUACUCUUUCACCAGGGAGUAUUGGAUGAGCAAUUCUUGCAGCUGCAGCAGCUUCAAGACGAAAGCUCACCCAACUUCGUGUCCGAGGUCGUAAACAUCUACUUCCACGAGUCUGAAAAACUCUUGAGAAAUCUCAGAACCUUACUGAUGGAUAAGGAGUUUUCGGACUACAAGAAAAUGGGAAUUCAUUUGAAUCAGUUCAUGGGAAGCAGCUCCAGUAUUGGUGCCAAAAGAGUCAGAAAUGUAUGCGUUGCCUUUCGAGGCGCUUGUGAACAAAACAACCGUGCCGGGUGCUUGAGAGCUUUGGAGCAUCUGGAACAUGAAUAUUGUUACCUCAAGAACAAAUUACACGAACUAUUCCAAUUGGAGCAGCAGCGAGCUAUGGCAGCUGGAGUUAGGUAUCCAAUGCAAAAUUAAUAUCAUGCAAGCAAAGUCUUGGAGAACAUAAUUUUAAUCUAACAAGAUAUCUUGUGUACGGGCCUUCAAAUUUUCUUGUGUAUGCUCUUUUUAUUUUUAACUCAAAAACAAGCUUAUUCAGUGUCAAGGGGAAACAAAGUACUACUAGUACAGAAGUAGAAGAAAGAAGGGUA